AUGUCACCCCUGGAAUGUUCUGAGUGUUUUGGUGACCAACUUCUGCAUAGGACCUAUACCUGGCACCUAACAUUGCACUCAAGGCCAAAUUUUACAAGAAAAAGAGAUACCAAAUCUGAAAGCCUAGAAAUUCCAAUAAAUGUGGUUCUACCUCAGAGGGGUACAGCCGAGCCCUUCCUGAGGCUCCACAACUUGUACCCCACCCCGCACUGCGCCAGGCAGGCCGCCCUGCCCAGGCUGAGCCGCCGGGCGGUCAGCCAGCACUCCUACCCGCCGGACCGCUUCCCCUCCGUGCCCCUGGACCCCAUGGAAAGCCCCACCUCCCAGGCGGACCUGGCGCUGGACUACGACCCGCCCCGCGUGCAGCUCAGCGACGAGACGUUCGUCUUCCAGGACGGGCGGUGGGUGAGUGAGAACUGUCGCCUGCAGCCCCCCUACUUCUCCCCGUCCUCGUCCCUCCACCACAAGCUGCACCACAAGAGGCUGGCCAAGGAGUGCCUGCGGCAGGAGGAGAACAAGCCCCUGCGCGCGGAGAACAAGUCCCUGCGCGCGGAGAACCGCGCGCUCCGCGAGGAGAACCAGAUCCUGCAGGCCUUAUGGGAGGAGCGCCAGGCCGCGCUGGGCCGCGAGGACGGCCGGGCCUCCUCGCCGCUACUGCGCAGGGACAACGCCUCGUCCCUGGAGGCGGUGAAGAAGGACCCGGAGCUGCAGGUGCACCGCGGCCGGGAGAGCAGCACCCUGCAGCUCCUCCGGGAGGAGAACCGGGCCCUGCAGCAGCUGCUGGAGCAGAGGAAGGCCUACUGGGCCCCGCCGGACGAGCAGGCGGCCUCGACCGAGAUCAAACCGGCCCCCUCGCCCCAGGAGGCGCCCCACGGGCUGCUGCCGGACCAGGGCGCGGGCCUCUCCUCCCCCUUCGAGGAGCCCAAGGCCCACCAGGGCCCGCAGGAGGACUCCAAGACGCUCCGGGCCCUGCGCGAGAUGCUCAGCAACCUGUCCGGGCAGCCCAGGGAGGAGGCAGGCAAGGCGGGCCCGGGCCUGCCCGACGGCGGCCAGUCCCUGGAGCUGCUGCGGGAGAUGAGCCAGGCGCUGCAGGCCCUCCGCGAGGAGAACCAGAACCUGCAGGAGGAGAACCGGGCCCUGCAGGAGGAGAACCGGGCCCUGCACGUGCUGCGCGAGGAGCACAGGAUUUUCCAGGAGGAGAGCAAGGCGCUGUGGGAGAACAACAAGCUGAAGCUGCAGCAGAAGCUGGUCAUCGACACGGUGACCGAGGUCACCGCCCGGAUGGAGAUGCUCAUCGAGGAGCUGUACGCCUUCAUGCCGACCAAGAACAACAACCCCAAGAAGCCCAGCAGGGUCUGA